AUGGGAAAGCUCAUACGCCUCGAGCUCUUUAACUUCAAGUCUUACAAGGGCCACCACACACUCUUGUUUGGCGAUUCUUACUUUACCUCAAUCAUUGGACCCAAUGGAUCGGGAAAGUCCAACUCUAUGGAUGCCAUCUCCUUCGUCCUCGGUAUCAAGUCCUCACACCUCCGCUCUGCUCACCUGAAAGACCUUGUGUACCGCGGCCGCGUCUUGAAGACGUCCAAGAUAAACGACGAUGGUUCAGUCGACCCUUCCGAACAUGCAAAUGACGGCGGCGAUGGCGAAGAAAAAGCUUCUCGGGGUGACCCCAAGACCGCCUGGGUCAUGGCCGUCUACGAGGACGAUGCCGGAGAUGAGCAGCGCUGGAAGCGCUCUAUCACGAACCAGGGCGCCAGCGAGUACCGCAUCAAUGACCGCAUUGUCACUGCCCAGCAGUACAACGAAGCUCUCGAGGCCGAGAAUAUCCUCAUGAAGGCCAGAAACUUCCUCGUGUUCCAGGGUGAUGUCGAGGCUAUCGCGUCGCAAUCUCCACAAGACUUGACCCGUCUCGUGGAGCAGAUCUCUGGCAGUCUGGACUAUAAGGCUGAAUAUGAAAAGUUGCAGUCUCUAGCCGAACAGGCUGUGGAGAAUCAAAACUUCCAGCUCCACCGUCGCCGCGGAAUCAACUCUGAGAUCAAGCAGUACCGCGAGCAGAAGAAGGAAGCGGACAAUUUCCAGAAGAAGAUGGAAGAGAGAGACGCCGCCAUUGUCACCCAGACUAUGUGGAAGCUAUACCACUCUCAAAAGGCCAUUGACGAAUCCAAGGCCGCUAUUCAGAACCAUCAGGAGGACUUGAAGGAUAUGAAACGUGAUAUCGAAACCUUUGAGAAGCGCCUGGAAGCUGCCCGCAAAGAACAGAGCACUACAUUACGACAGGUCUCGCAGAUUGAACGGGAAAUCAAGAACAAGGAGAGGAGCAUCGAGGACAAGGAAAACUCCAUCAUCCCCCUGGACGAGAAGAUCAACGAGACAACACGCCGUAAGGAGCAGCUCAAUUCACAAAUCGAGAGGAUAACUCGGGAGCGAGAUGAGCAAGUUUCUGUCAUCGAAAAAGUCAACAAGGACAUUGAGAGUGUUGACAAGGCUGAGAAGGUGUUUGAAAAGGAUAUCAAGGAGCAGAUGAAGCAGCAGGGCCGUGAGAUCAGUGAUUCCGACCGAAAGGAGUACAACUCGCUCCAUGCCCAAGUCAUGGCUGAGGCCUCCUCCAACCAGGCCGAGCUGGAGCAUCUCGAGCGCUCCAGGAAGGCCGACGAGGUUACGGUCAACAACCUCAGGGGAAAGGUGGAGAGCGUUUCUGCUGCCAUUGAGAAGAGCGAGGCCGAGCUUUCAACUAUCAACGAGAGGAAAGAAACGGCACAGUCCGUUGCCUCCGAGCUGUCUAGCAGUAUCGCCUCUAAGAAGAAGGAAUUCAACCGCCUGCAGUCUGAGCGCGUGGAGGCUAACCAGAAGCGUACCGAGCUGGAGGAAAAGCUUGAGGAUGUUGCCCGAAAGCUACGUGAGGCUGAUGACGGCCGUCGCCAGAACGACAAGGAGACAAGGAUCAAGGAGAUGAAAAAGUACGAGGAAGCCGUUCUCGUGGCCCUGGGCAGGAACUUUGACUCGGUUGUUGUCGAUACGGAAAAGGUUGGCAGCGAUUGUAUUGCCUACCUCAGGGAGCAGAGGUUCCCGACUAUGAGCUUCAUUCCCCUGGACAACAUCAAGGUCCCUACGGUCAAUACAGUCAUCAAGAGCUUCAGCGGCGCGAGACUGACGAUUGACACCAUUAACUUCGACUCCUCCGUUGAGCGUGCCAUCGCCUACGCUUGCGGAAACUCCGUGGUCUGCGACUCUCUGGACGUUGCCAAGCACAUCUGCUACGACAAGAAGACUCCUGUCGAGGCCGUGACCCUGGAUGGAUUUGUCAUUCACGAAAGUGGAACAAUGACUGGAGGUCGUGGCCCGGAGAACAAGAAUGGCAAGAGGAGAUUCGAGGAAGCAGACGUUCAGAAUCUCCAGCGUAUCGCCAACAAGCUCACUGAAGACAUCGAUCGUCUCCCCCGCGCUGACAGGCGCGGAGCCGUUGAAGAAGGGCUGCAAACCGAAUUAAGCGGUCUCGAACGACGCCUAGUCAUCGUCAAAGAUGAGCUGGUAGCCCUGAAUAAGAACUACGCUAGCAAGAAGCGUGAGCUCGACAGUCAGAAAAAGGAGCUCAAGGAGCUGCGUCCUAAGUACGACAAGAGCGCCUCGGCGCUGGAGAAGCUGGUAAAGAAUGUUCAGAAGCACAAGGACGCCAUUGCGCGCGUCGAGGAUGCCGUCUUUGCUGGCUUCUGCUCCAGGCUAGGCUACAGCGACAUUCGAGCGUACGAGGCGUCCCAAGGCGAAUUUGAGCAGGAGGUAUCGGAGAAGCGCAGCCAGUACUCGGUUCAGAAGCAGAGACUUGAGAGCCGACUGAACUGGGAGAUGACGCGGCACAAGGAGACGGAAGCCCGUAUUAAGAAGGUCCAAAACCUGAUUCGCAGUCUGAGCCGUGACAUCAAGUCGUUCGCCCAGCAGAAGACUGAGAUCGAGGAAGAGCUCAACCAGGUGCAGGCUGAGCUGGAGGCACUCCGCGAAACUCUGGAGGAGUAUAAGGAGGAGCUCACAGAGCGCGCCCAAAGGGUGACCGAGGCCAAAGCUGAGCUGCAACGGAGGAGCAAAGGCAUCGAUAGUCGCCUGCGGGAGAUUACGCAGCUGGAGUCAGAAGUCCAGAAGAGUAAUUCGGCCAAGCUAGGUCUCCUGCGAAGGUGUCGGCUCGAGCAGAUCCAGAUCCCUCUGCUCAACGGCAACCUCGACAACUUGCCUGUGGAAGACGACAUGCUGCGGCCAGAUGUUGACGCCAUGGAUGUCGAUGGCGAGGACGAUGAUGAGGCCAUGAUGGAUUUCACACCGGACGACCAUGGCAUUGAAAUCGACUACUCGGGGCUCGACGACGAGCUUAAAGAGUCAAACGGAAACGAGGUAGAGGAGACGCUCUCGGAGAAGAUUAUGGCCUUGGGCAUAGAGCUGGAGAAGCUGAACCCCAACAUGCGUGCCAUGGAGCGCCUGGAAGGUGUGGAGACGCGCCUUCGACAGACAGACCAGGAGUACGAGGACUCGAAGAAGGCGGCCUUUGACGCCAAGGAGAGCUUCCGUGAGAUAAAGGAGAAGCGGUACGAGCUGUUCAGCAAGGCUUUCUCACACAUCCAAGAGCAGAUCACGCACGUGUACCGAGACCUUACGCGGUCUGAGGCGUACCCACUCGGUGGGCAGGCGUACCUCGACAUCGAAGAGGAUACGGACAUGCCGUACCUGUCGGGCAUAAAGUACCACGCCAUGCCGCCGCUCAAGCGCUUCCGCGACAUGGAGCAUCUGUCCGGUGGAGAGAAGACCAUGGCCGCCCUGGCUCUCCUCUUCGCCAUCCACAGCUACCAGCCCAGCCCCUUCUUCGUUCUCGACGAGGUCGACGCCGCCCUGGACAACGCCAACGUCGACAAGAUCAAGAAGUAUAUCCGAGAGCAUGCGGGGCCAGGCAUGCAGUUUGUCGUCAUCAGUCUCAAGGCUGGUCUGUUCCAGGACAGUGAGAGCUUGGUCGGCGUGUACCGUGACCAGGAGGUCAAUAGCUCGAGGACUUUGACACUGGAUCUGAGGAAAUAUGCGUAG